AAAAUGAUGAAAUGACAUAAAUACCCCCACCAACAGAUUUUCCUUGCCGUCAACUACCAUUGCCGACUCAUCAAAUGACAUAAAUACCCCACCAACAGAUUUUUCUUGCCGGCAACUACCAUAGUCGACUCAUCAACCAUGUACUCCACUGCUUCGCCGCUAGGCUCCGGCAUUUUCUCCCCCGUCACCGUUAAGAAGCCUCGAACUAGCGGCGGCGGCGCGAUUACAUCGAGAAUCCGCCACCGCUCUCCCAGAAUGUCCGGCGAGCGCCAAAGCCCCACUACUAGCCUCGUCACCGGCAUCACUAAGCUUCUAUGGGGCAACGCCCUGCCACCCCAGCUACUCAUCUCCACCGUCCGUUCAACCUGGUCCACCGCCUGGAAUAUCAUGAUGUCGCAGCUGGCGCCGUCGGACCCAUCCGGCAGCUACACCCGACCCGCUUCCAAAUUCCGCAUCCACGAUCCGAAUUCUUCCGGCAUACACCUCUCCGCCGGAAACAUCCACCUGUACGUUGGCCUACCUUGCCCUUGGGCCCACAGAACUCUGAUUGUCCGAGCUCUUAAGGGCCUGGAAGAUGCUAUUCCCGUCUCAAUCGCCUCUCCCGGCGCCGAUGGCUCUUGGGAAUUCCGGUAUAGCCCUGUCCCGGACACGGAUAAGCUUGUCCCGACUCUGGACAAGUCCAACGGUCGCAAAACCCUCAGGGAGGUUUAUCAGUCUAGCCGCGGCGGCUAUAACGGCCGGUCCACUGUCCCUAUGCUAUGGGAUUCCGACAAAAAACAGGUUAUCUGUAACGAGAGCUACGACAUCAUUGAGUUCUUCAAUUCCGGGUUAAACAGAAUUGCAAAUAAUCCAGAAUUAGACCUUUCCCCACCCUCACUCACACAUGAGAUCGCCAAAUGGAACCAGAUCAUAUACCCCAAAGUAAACAACGGCGUUUAUAGGUGUGGGUUUGCCCAGAGUCAAGAAGCUUAUGAUAGAGCAGUAAAAGAGGUGUUUAGUACAUUGGAAAUGAUUGAUGAUCAUUUGGGGAGGUCAAGGUAUCUGUGUGGUGAUGUGUUGACGCUUGCAGAUGUGUGCUUGUUCACUACUUUGAUCAGGUUCGAUCUGGUCUACCAUGUACUGUUCAAGUGUUCGAAGAAGAAGAUCAUACAAUACCCAAACCUCCAUGGAUACAUGAGAGACAUCUAUCAGAUUCCUAAGGUUGCAGAGACUUGCAAUAUGGGAGAUAUCAUGGAUGGAUACUACAAGACUCUUUUCCCACUAAAUCCCGGUGGCAUUCGACCAGUAAUGCCCUCAGAUUUCCAGGAUGAUACACUGUUGAAGCCACCUAAUAGGAACUCCUUGAUGAAGAUGGGAGAAAAGUUGCAGCAGCUUUCUGUUUCUUGAAAGCAGAUAAAAUGGAUGUAUAGUAUAAGCAUCAAUGCAUGAUGUAUUACUAGUAGAUAAACAAACUAGGUUAUAUCUACCAUAACAUUAUAAAGAUAUGCUGCCACUGGUACAAACAAAGAUGUACAAGUCUGCAAUGCAGCUAGAAAAAGCAGUCAAAAGUUGGGAAAGUUGA